AUGAAGGCAAUCCACCGCGUGCUCAAGGACGAUGGAAUGGUCUUUUCAAUCACCUCGAGACCAACGCUCUUCAUCCGGCCGUUUUUGAAUUCAACUGAACGGCUCUGGCAUGUGAAAAUGCAAAUUCUCGACAGCGACAAGGGAACCCUCGGCUACUAUGGGUACGUCUUACACGAGAAGCUCGGUGUGGUCGAAACCGACGAUGACUCGAACCAUACCUCAUCCAGCCGUGCUGGAUCCCAAGAGGCGAAGUCUUUCAUUCGUACCGCCUCGUCAAAGGACGUGGCUCCAGCCCAAGAACUUGAUGAUUCGUCAGACGAAACCCCCAUGACGGUGUUUCCGGCUGAUUUUCACUGUCUGUUGCUCGACUGUCUUGAGGCGGCCAGGCUCGUCUCAACCAUCGGAACGCAGGCAGGUUCAGCUCACGUCCGUUCGAGGCCUGUGAUAGAUGAGAGGCCAGAAAAGGUCACCCGAAGCAUCGCCUUUCACACAAGCAGUCUGUGGAAGAACCUUGAUGGCCACGUACCCGCCAUGGAUGAAAUGUUAAUGGGUACAUAUGUAUCCCCCAGUCCAGACCUGGUCUGGGACGUGACGCUUCUUGACCUACCUCUCAUGCAAGAGACGGAAUACCCUCUCAUUGUUUUCCAACGUGACAUAAGACACAAAACCUAUUGGGAAAAGCCUCUUGUUGCCCAUCAAUAUUCGGAAGAACAGAAAGAAAUAGGCAUGUCUCAACGACAGAAGAGCCCUCUCCUUUGGAUUCCAACCGAAAUCCGCCUACAUAUAUAUGGAUAUCUGCUCGAUGACGGCGGUAACCAGUGGCUUUCGAUUCGCAAUCGGCCGGACUCCAGAUACAAACAAUGGGAAGUUGAGGUUGGAAACCAAAAAACUGUUAUACCAAGGCGAUCCACAAAGUACCAUGUGAUAGAACGGACGUCCAUGUUCAGCCGGCGCUGUUUUGAAACCACCUACCACCUCGCCAGUGCGGAUGCCGAGUUCCACACCUCCAUACUCAGCGUCUGUCGUCUCAUUCACAACGAGACUUGCCAUAUGCUCUACGGCAAACAUAUGUUCGAGUUCGGGAAUCACAUCGAGGCUGUCGUGCCGUUUCUUCAAGACCGCUCACCGCACGCCCGGUCUCUCGUCACCGGCAUCUCCGUCUACAAACGGGGACCGCUUCCUUGUCUGGACUGCACCAGCGACAGACACGAAUGGUCAUAUUUGUGCCGUUAUUUGACCCAGUCAAGGUCCGUAAAGAAGCUGCGGCUCGUGGUAGAAGGUGGCAGGCCAGGGCAGCCGUGGGAGGGCGUGCAAGAGCUGAGCGAGGCCGAUAUCAGGCUGCUGAGCCUCAUCCAGCAUGAAAGCCUUCAAUGGAUCACAGAAUUGUCUCAGGUUAAAGGAAUCGAAGAGCUCGACGUCGUUUCGGAUGUGAAAUAUCUGCCUGUGCCCAAGUGUCCGGGCAUGAUUCUGUAUGCGGCUAUCUCUGCUUCCAUAGAAAAGGGACUGACGGACUUCUUUCGCACGGAGAUGGACACACUUGGGUAA